GAUACCAAUAUAGGGCUGGCACGGAUGUGCGUCAUUUUUAUAUUAUCCUCGCUAAAAGCCUUCUAACCCUGUAUUCAUUGAAAUCACUGGACUUUAUCAAUCCGCUUUCUGUUUUUUGCGGUCUUCAUAAAGUUAAAGCGGAGUUAAAGACAUGUGCAAAUAGAUUGGAACCAACACCAAAUGGAACAACUACUAUAUCUCCCAGUUUAGAUCUCCAUGUAAAAUCAUUGACAUCAUUCUCAGAAAGAUGUAUCUUCCCAGAGUAGCAGCUGCAUCGCUGGUGGUAUUGCUUUAUCUUGCAACUCGUACCGACGCUCAGAGCGACUAUCACGGCAAACUUGUGGGAUCAUUUGGAGGAACUGCACAUAAUGUAGCAGGGACGAUUUACGCAGAGGAUGAUCACACGAUAAGAAUCAUUGGAUUCUCUUACGAUGGGACAGCUCCAGAUGCGUUCAUAUGGGGAGGAGAGACUAACGUACCGACCAGCAAUGGAUUCCCCAUCUAUAUACAAGAUGGAAUAGAGGAAAAACUGGGCUAUUACUCUGACGUCAAUAUCACCGUCACUCUUCCGUCGUCGAGGUCUGUCGCAGGUCUGAGCUAUAUCUCCGUCUGGUGUCGGCAAUUUGCGGCCAAUUUUGGACAUGUUGUAUUCCCACAAGAUUUUGAACCACCUUCUCCUUACAACCUCGGUGCUCUUCCAAAUUUUGCUCACCAAACAUCAGCUACAGCCGUGACAGUCCUUGAUCCAAAGAGAAUCAAAUUUGAAGAAUUGCGCUACGAUGGAUUUGGGCCAGAUGCCUAUUUUUGGGUGGGGCCAGGCGACACACCAACCUAUGAUAAUAGUUACAGGACGUACGAUGAAACAGGAGAAAUCAAAGUACUCAAGGCAUAUUCGGGUCAAACUGUCACUGUGAAUCUCAUUGAAAACAUCACUGUAUUUGACAUCGGCCAUAUUGGACUUUGGUGCGUCUUAUUCAAACAAGACUUUGGCCAUGUUGACAUUCCCAACGAGAACGUACUCAACAUUCCACCCUUACCACUGCCAAUUCCUCCCACAACAACGACGAUAGUUACUACAACCACAGCAACUAUAACGACUACCAGUACGGCAGCUCCUUUGUUCUGCAAUUGCGAAACAUUGGGUUCUGAGUUUGAAGUCUGCUGGUAUAUCGACGGGGACGACAUCGUCAUUCGUCACAGUACCCCCAGUACGGAUGAUAAUGACGGAAUGUACAGCGCAUUCGGCAUCAGUGGGAUGUCAACGAGAACGGAGAUGGUCAGCGGCGAUGUCACAGUUACCUUUGUCAACAAUGGAGUUCCAAUGGCUGUUGAUUAUUACUUGGAUUCUAGGGCCCAAUGUUCACCUCAGAAUGGCGCUGGCUCCUGCCCCGAUGUCCUCCCAUCAAACCCGGCCAGACAGGCCGGUGAUGAUGUCACACUUGUCAAUACUUCCAGUGUCAAUGGAAAUACCCAUAUCAUAUAUCGGAGACCCCUCGCUGCUAGUGAUGCGAUGUACGACAAAGCAAUUUCCACAACUGGACCUACCUAUGUCAUCUGGGCCCGAGGACUUAUCAAUGCUGAUGGCCGUGUUUCAUAUCAUGGAGUACAGCAACGCUCCCCGGCCACAUCGAAUCUCCAGAUUGAUUUUAAUCGAGUCAGCACAACAUGUGCCCCAGGGACCAUGCCCACACCCCGUAACCACACCCAGACCACACCCACAGGCGAGAUGGAGGGCUGGACCAUUGAGGGUAUCAAGGAGACCCAAGAUGCUACCUUCACGGUUGAGAUGGGAUUAACAGGGGGUCAGAAGGGGUACAAUUACAUCACUGGAUCUGUUGGUUGGGGUAUUGCUUGGUUUAUCAAUGGGCGGCUGAUACCAGAACUCAUGCUGACUCGUGGUAAAACCUACACAUUCUUGGUGAGCGGAGGGGAUAAUCCCACAUUGAGCGCCAACUAUCAUCCAUUCUACAUCACCGAUGCCCCUAGUGGAGGCUACGCCCAGUUAUCGCAGACGGAACAGGAGGAAAUCCUAAUCUUUGCUGGACCAGAAGAGGGUCCCCUUUGCCAAUGGGAGACAACCGGCAAUACCUCGCACCCCGAUUCAUAUGAUUCAUUUGAAGAGUUCAAGAGUACCUUGACUGUAGAUUGCCAGCCCGGCGACCCUGGUGAACUGGUAUGGACAGUACCAAUGGAUGCCCCUGAUAUCCUCUAUUACCAUUGCUACACCCAUCGCUUCCUAGGCUGGAAGAUCCAUUUAGUCGAUGAUGAGAGGAACACAACGUCACAAGAGACAACCACGAUGACCAGCAUCACAACAUCCAUGGUUCCUGGUAUCCCCACUACUGGCAGCACAACAACAAUUGUUCCUGAUGCCAUAACAACUUCAAAUCCAGUUCAAAGCGAUGACAGUACCUACCAUGGAAAACUUGUUGGGUCAUUAGCUGGCACCGCACAUGGUGUUGCAGGGACGAUUUACGCAGAGGAUGAUCAGACAAUAAGAAUCAUUGGAUUCUCUUACGAUGGGUUAGCUCCAGAUGCGUUCCUAUGGGGUGGAGACUCAGGAGCGAGUGGAGACUUACCAACCGGUGCUGGUUUCCCCAUCCAUAUAGAAAAUGGAAUAGAAGAAAAACUGGGCUCUUACUCCAACGCCAAUAUCACUGUCACUCUUCCGCCAUCGAGGACUGUCUCAACUCUGAACUAUAUCUCGGUCUGGUGUCGACGAGUUGGGGUUAAUUUCGGGCAUGUUGUAUUCCCACAAGAUUUUGAUCCACCUUCUCCUUAUAACCUCGGUGCUCUUCCUACAUUUGCCCACCGAACAUCAGCUACAGCCGUGAUAGUCCUUGAUCCAAAGAGAAUCAAAUUUGAAGAAUUGCACUACGAUGGAUUUGGGCCGGACGCCUACUUUUGGGUGGGGCCAGGCGACACACCAACCUAUGAUAAUAGUUACAGGACGUACGAUGAAACAGGAGAAAUCAAAGUACUCAAGGCAUAUUCGGGUCAAACUGUCACUGUGAAUCUCAUUGAAAACAUCACUGUAUUUGACAUCGGCCAUAUUGGACUUUGGUGUGUCUUAUUCAAACAAGACUUUGGCCAUGUUGACAUUCCCAACGAGAACGUACUCAACAUUCCACCCUUACCACUGCCAAUUCCUCCCACAACAACGACGAUAGUUACUACAACCACAGCAACUAUAACGACUACCAGUAUGGCAGCUCCUUCGUUCUGCAAUUGCGAAACGUUGGAUUCUGAGUUUGAAGUCUGCUGGUAUAUCGACGGGGACGACAUCGUCAUUCGUCACAGUACCCCCAGUACGGAUGACAAUGACGGAAUGUACAGCGCAUUCGGCGUCAGUGGGUUGUCGACGAGAACGGAGAUGGUCGGCGGCGAUGUCACAGUUACCUUUGUCAACAAUGGAGUUCCAAUGGCUGUUGAUUAUUACCUGGAUUCUAAGGCCCAAUGUUCACCUCAGAAUGGCGCCGGCUCCUGCCCCGAUGUCCUCCCAUCAAACCCGGCCAGACAGGCCAGUGAUGAUGUCACACUUGUCAAUGCUUCAAGUGUCAAUGGAAAUACCCAUAUCAUAUAUCGGAGACCCCUCGCUGCUAGUGAUGCAACAUACGACAAAGCAAUUUCCACAACUGGACCUACAUACGUCAUCUGGGCCAGAGGACUUAUCAAUGCUGAUGGCCGUGUUUCGUAUCACGGAGUACAGCAACGCUCCCCGGCCACUUCGAAUCUCCAGAUUGAUUUUAAUCAAGUCAGCACAACAUGUGCCCCAGGGACCAUGCCCACACCCCCUAACCACACCCAGACCACACCCACAGGCGAGAUGGAGGGCUGGACCAUUGAGGGUAUCAUGGAGACCCAAGAUGCUACCUUCACGGUUGAGAUGGGAUUAACAGGGGGUCAGAAGGGGUACAAUUACAUCACUGGAUCUGUUGGUUGGGGUAUUGCUUGGUUUAUCAAUGGGCGGCUGAUACCAGAACUCACGCUGACUCGUGGUAAAACCUACACAUUCUUGGUGAGCGGAGGGGAUAAUCCCACAUUGAGCGCCAACUAUCAUCCAUUCUACAUCACCGAUGCCCCUAGUGGAGGCUACGCCCAGUUAUCGCAGGCGGAACAGGAGGAAAUCCUAAUCUUUGCUGGACCAGAAGAGGGUCCCCUUUGCCAAUGGGAGACGACCAGCAAUACCUCACACCCCGAUUCAUACGCUUCAUUUGAAGAAUUCAAGAGCACUUUGACUGUAGAUUGCCAGCCCGGCGACCCUGGUGAACUGGUAUGGACAGUACCAAUGGAUGCCCCUGAUAUCCUCUAUUACCAUUGCUACACCCAUCGCUUCCUAGGCUGGAAGAUCCAUUUAGUCGAUGACGAGAGGAACACAACGUCACAAGAGACAACCACGAUGACCAGCAUCACAACCUCCAUGGUUCCUGGUAUCUCCACUACUGGCAGCACAGCAACAAGUGUUCCUGAUGCCAUAACAACUUCGAAUCCAGUUCAAAGCGAUGACAGUACCUACCAUGGCAAACUUGUUGGGUCAUUAGCUGGCACCGCACAUGGUGUUGCAGGGACAAUUUACGCAGAGGAUGAUCAGACGAUAAGAAUCAUUGGAUUCUCUUACGAUGGGUUAGCUCCAGAUGCGUUCCUAUGGGGAGGAGACUCAGGAGCGAGUGGAGACUUACCAACCGGUGCUGGUUUCCCCAUCCAUAUAGAAAAUGGAAUAGAAGAAAAACUGGGCUCUUACUCCAACGCCAAUAUCACGGUCACUCUUCCGCCAUCGAGGACUGUCUCAACUCUGAACUAUGUCUCGGUCUGGUGUCGACAAGUUGGGGUUAAUUUCGGACAUGUUGUAUUCCCACAAGAUUUUGAACCACCUACUCCUUACAACCUCGGUGCUCUUCCAAAUUUGGCUCACCAAACAUCAGCUACAGCCGUGAUAGUCCUUGAUCCAAAGAGAAUCAAAUUUGAAGAAUUGCGCUACGAUGGAUUUGGGCCGGACGCCUACUUUUGGGUGGGGCCAGGCGACACACCAACCUAUGAUGAGAGUUACAGGACGUACGAUGAAACAGGAGAAAUCAAAGUACUCGAGGCAUAUACGGGUCAAACCGUCACUGUGAACCUCAUUGAAAACAUCACUGUAUUUGACAUCGGCCAUAUUGGACUUUGGUGUGUCAUAUUCAAACAAGAUUUCGGCCAUGUUGACAUUCCCAACGAGAACGUACUCAACAUUCCACCCUUACCACUGCCUACCCCUCCCACAACAACAGCAACUGUAAUGACUACCAGUACGGCACCCAAUUUGUUCUGCAAUUGCGAAACGUUGGAUUCUGAGCUUGAAAUCUGCUGGUAUAUUGACGGGGAGGACAUCGUCAUUCGUCACAGUACCCCCAGUACGGAUGACAAUGACGGAAUGUACAGCGCAUUCGGCAUCAGUGGGUUGCCGACGAGCACGGAGAUGGUCGGCGGCGAUGUCGUGGUGACCUUCAUUGAUAACGGAGUCGCAACGGCGGUUGACUACUAUCUGGGCUCCAAGGCUCAAUGUUCUCCGCAAAAUCGCGCCGGCUCAUGCCCUGACAACAUCGCAUCGAGUUCGGCAACGAAUGACGUUACGCUUGUUGAGUCAUCCAGAAUAAAUGGGAAGACCCACAUCAGUUAUCGGAGACCGCUGGCUGCUAGUGAUGGGACUUAUGACAAGGCAUUUUCGACGAGUGGACCUACUUACGUCAUCUGGGCCCGAGGACUCAUCAAUGCUGAUGGCCGCGUUUCGUAUCAUGCAGGAGGUCAACGCUCCCCAAUCGAAUCAAAUCUCCAGAUCGACUUCAGUCAGGUCAGCACGACAUGUGACCCAGUGGGCGUGGUCCCGGCCACCCAGACCACACCCACGGAUGAGGAGGCGGGCUGGACCAUUGAGGGCAUCGUGGAGCCCCAAAAUGCUACCUUCACCGUUGAGAUGGGAUUAACAGGGGGUCAGAAGGGGUACAAUUACAUCACUGGAUCUGUUGGUUGGGGUAUUGCUUGGUUUAUCAAUGGGCGGUUGAUACCAGAACUCACACUGACUCGUGGUAAAACCUACACAUUCUUGGUGAGUGGAGGGGAUAAUCCCACAUUGAGCGCCAACUAUCAUCCAUUCUACAUCACCGAUGACCCUAGUGGAGGCUACGCCCAGUUAUCGCAGGCGGAACAGGAGAACAUCAACAUUUUCGCUGGACCUGAAGAGGGUCCACUUUGCCAAUGGGAGACAACCGACGAUACAGGACACCCUGAUUCAUACGCUUCAUUUGAAGAAUUCAAGAGCACCUUGACUGUAGAUUGCCAGCCCGGUGAUCCUGGUGAAUUGGUAUGGACAGUACCGAUGGAUGCCCCGGAUAUCCUCUAUUACCAUUGCUACACACACCGCUUCCUCGGCUGGAGGAUCCGUGUAGUAGAUGAGGAGGAGGAAACGUCGCAGCGAAUGAGCACGUCAGCUGGCCGCACGACAACUACAGAUCCUGUCGCAGCCCAUCUCUCGCAAAUCAUUGCCACAGGAGUUGCUGUAUUCGCUGCUCUUGUUUUGUUCUUAACAGUAAUUGGCUUGAGGUUGCGACGGUCUCAAGCCAAGGCAUAUGUUCUUUGAGCAAUGGUUAAACGUAGCGAUAGGAAUAUGGGAAAGAGAAGCGAGAGAGAGAGAGAGAAGGGGGAGAGUGGGUGUGAGAGUGAGAUGUAUACUCUGAAAUUGUGUCUUUCAUUUUAUUCACAUUCUGUAAUCAAGAUAUUUUAAGAUCUUUGAAUAUUCACUGCCUUUUAUUUUUCUUAGAAAGUUUUUACAUAAUGUAAUAUAUCUAAACAUGCACACGUAUAUUCAACAGAAAUUUAGGAAGUUAUAAGAGAAAUGCACUUGCAAUGAUGUUUCAUUAAAUUGGCCAUGAUAAUUGUGUGUCUUAUGCAAAUCUUUUCAUUUUGAUGUUUCAAAAGAAACAAACUCUCCUUGGGAUGUCACAUUAUCAUCAGGUAGUUGAAACUUGUCGCCGGUAUAUAACAAUUGACAUAUACUCAAAUAAGUUGACUCUUUGACAUUUUUAUUGCAGUUUACAUGAUACUUUUUGUCUCGCCAACUGGAGGUGAAGGCGAGACUAAGGGAUCCUUAUAUCUUCUUUCUUGUGUCCGUCUGUCACAAACAUGACAGAUGACCUUGCAACCGUACAUCACUUUUUAACCAAACUUCGGUUGUAUGGUGCAGUUAUGCGUCACAUGGAAAGGUCAAAGGUCAUUUCAGGUCAAAUGUUAAAGUUUACAUGCAAGACUCUUAUGACAGAUAACUUUGCAACCUUAUCACCUUUCAAGCAAACUUGGGUUGUUAAUGUAUUUAAGGGACAGACACGUUAAGAUGCAGUCAGAGGUCACAUGGUCAAAGGUCAUUUCUUCAAAAACUUUGUUCUCUUAUUAUUUUCUUCAAAUAGGUUUAUAUGACACCACAUCUUCUAGAACACUCAGCUAUACUGCAUCCACAAACACAUUUCACCUUCACACAUGUAAAAUAUCAGUGCAAUAAUGUAAUUCAUAUCAAAAGGGUGGAGUAGGUACAGGGAAAGGUAGCAUUUCAUGAAAUAGCCCUUCUCAAACAUUAUUUGGUAUUACAUUCUAUACUAGAUUGUUCACAAUGAGGUUUAGAUACAAUGCUGUUGCGUGGCAAAGGGAUUGCAAUAUUUCUAGCUAUUUUCACAAGUGGGCGAGACACAAUAUUGCUAAUGCCUUGAUUCAAGUACAGCUUGUCCCAUAUUAUCACGUUUCAAAAUUCAAGACCAUCCAGUAUGAUCUAAAGAGGGGCGACACUGUAAACACGUCAACAAAACCUUAUCCACCGACCUUAUAUAAGAACCAAUUCCUUGAAUUCUUUGAUAACAUCUUGCAUUAAAGAGUGGAACCGGUUACCUGCUGAUAUUAGGAACUGUACAACUCAUUAUAGGUUUAAAGUACAAUGUAAAGGAUAUCUUUUUGAUAAUCUGGGUUAGAUCUAGUAUAGAAAGUAUUGUUCUAUAAAAAUAUGAGUUAUCACGUAGCUGGCCAGCCUAUAGUCGUGUGUGUGUGUGGGGGGAUGUGUAUGUGUGGCAUAUUUGUUUUUGCUUAUCUCUGUUUUUUUUCUGUACAGCAUAUCUGUAUUUUAUUCUUAUUAUGUACAGUAUGUUCCUUCAUUGCUUACAUCUCAUUUAUUGUAGGGCCCCACUCACAAGCUCUGCUUUUUAGGGGUCCUUGAAAACCUCUCAUAUAUAUUAUUUAUCUUUUUGUAUUAUUUGUUCAUUGAUUUGUACUUAUUUGUCUGGUUUUUUAAUGAAUUUAACUUAACUAAGGAACAGGGGUUACUGCCCCUUUGAACUCUUGAUUAGUUAAAAAAGUGAAAGAAAAAGGGAAUAAAGAUACCAACUUCACAGAAUGAAGUCUUGGGCAGGUAUAAGUCUAUAGUUCCAAUUUUAUUCAAUUUAGAAAAAGAAUUAAGUCACUUAGAGGAUGUCCCCCCCCCCCCAUCAAAAUAUGACAAUGCCCCUUGAUCUGAAGUGAGCUUUGUUUAAAAAAUACUAGUAAAUUGGUAAUAUUUGCAUUUCUUUUUCUGAAAUAUUAGCUUAUUUAGAUUUUUAGUUCCAAAUUAAACAUUUGAUUGUUAAAAAAACAGAAUAACAUAAGUACUUAUAAUGUAGAAUUCUUAAGAAAAAUAAUAUAUGUACAAUUUCUAUCUCAUUUUUAGAAAUUGUGAAUUUGAGUAUUGAUAUCAUGCAAUAUAAUAAACUUUAUUUGUGGCCAUAUAAGUGUAGCUGCAUUAUGACAUGAAAUGAAUUGGAUAGUACUAUAAGUAGAGAAUUAUGAAAUAUUUAUGAUGUGCACGCAAUAGUAACAAGUGGAAUGCCUCUGGCGGUCUCACCUGCAUCACGCGAUUCAAUAUAGCAGCAGUGCUGACUUUGAAAACUACUAUCAAAUAAUUAUUCACAAAAAACACCAUUCAUAUAAUGAUACAAUACUACGUUCAUUGACAUUUGACCUCGAUCAUGUGACCUAAAACUUGUCAGUGAUACUUGAUUACCCCUAUAUUCACAUUUUAUACACUAUAUCUAUAAACUUUGAAAGUUAUGACAGCAAUCUAAUAAUUACCUCUAAAAUGGCCACAGUUCAAUGACCUUAAAUGACCUUUGACUUUGGUCAUGUGACCUGAAACUCGCAUGAGAUGUUCAGUGAUACUUGAUGACUCUUAUGUCCAAGUUUUUAUGAACUCGACCAAUAUACUUACAGAGUUAUGAUGGUAAUUCAACAAAUACCCCCAACAUGGCCAAUGUCCUUUGACCUUGGUCAUGUGACCUGAAACUCGCACAAGAUGUUCAGUGAUACAUGGUUACUCUUAUGUCUAUUUUUUAUGAACUAGACCAAUACACUUGCAGAGAUAUGAUGGUAAUUCAACAAAUACUCCCUACAUGGCCAAAGUUCAUUGACCUUACAUGACCUUUAACCUUGAUCAUGUGACCUGAAACUCGCACAGGAUGUUCAGUGAUACUUGAUUACUCUUAUGUUUAAGCUUCAUGAGUCAGAUCCAUAAAUUUCCAAAGUUAUGAUAGUAAUUCAACAGAUACCCCCAUUAUAUGGCCAAAGUUCAUUGACCUUUGACGUUGGUCAUGUGACCUGAAAUGUGCACAGGAUGUUCAGUGAUACUUGAUUACUCUUAUGUCCAAGUUUUAUGAACUAGACCAAUAUACUUUCAAACUUAUGAUGGUAAUUCAACAAAUACCCCCAAUUUGGCCAAAGUUCAUUGACCCUAAAUGACCUUUGACCUUGGUCAUGUGACGUGAAACUUAUGCAGGAUGUUCAGUUAUACGUGAUUAACCUUAUGUCCAAGUUUCAUGAACUAGGUCCAUACAUUUUUUAAGUUAUGAUGACAUUUCAAAAACUUAACCUUAGGUUAAGAUUUUGAUGUUGAUUCCCCCAACAUGGAAGUUCAUUGACCCCAAAUGACCUUUGACCUUGGUCAUGUGACAUGAAACUCAGGCAGGAUGUUCAGUAAUAUUUGAUUAACCUUAUGGCCAAGUUUCAUGAACUAGGUCCAUAUACCUUUUAAGUUAUGCUGUCAUUUCAAAAACUUAACCUUCGGUUAAGAUUUGGUGUUGACGCCGCCUAUAGUCUCACCCUGCUAUGCAGGUGAGACAAAAAUGACUUUACAAGGACAUUAAAUAUGAUGUAUUUAAAUGUCUUUAACUCUUACUUAUAUGCAUGACCAAGGCUUAUUGAACAUAAAGUAAGAGAGGUAGUGAAGCAACUGAGUUUUCCAGAUGGCAGUUUUAUUUUUCUUGUUUUCAGUUUUUCAUUUAAAUGUUAAUUGAAGAAAGAUCUGGUACAUCCCCUUUUUAACCAACAGUUUAAUACUCUUAUCCUAACCAACUUUUGAGUUGGUUGAACUAAAUGUGAGUGUAGAAUCUUGAUGCAAUUGUUACAGUACUAUCUUUUAUACUUCACAAUGUUAAGCAUAUAUCCACUUGUCUUUUACAUAAUUUUUAGGUAUGCAAUAUUACCUAUAUUUUGAUAUAUGUUUUCUCUUUUUAUUUGGAAUGUUUAUUAAAACUGCAGGGUGCCUUUUAAUAGUAUGCAAGCAAAUCGAAAUAGGCCUAUAAUGAAGUGUGAAGUAAAUUGUAUAAUGUGAGAAAUAUGUGUGUAAAUUUGUAACGCGUUGUCGGAAUAUUAUGAGAAAAAAAUAAAACAAAUGAAUAUCACAUUCUGGUAUUAAGCGUAUUCUGAUUUGAUUCACUGCAUGUUCAUGAAUGUUCUUGAAUAUGACCAUUGUGAAGGGAAAUUAAUGAAAACGGCUCUUAUUUCAGUAAAAUAGAAAACCUUCAAUUUCUU